CUUUAGGUGUCAGGGAGUCGGAGCGCUGUCUGCCCGGUGAUUUGUCUCUCUCCGGCCCGGGACAUGGCUCUGUGGCGGGGGCUGCGGGCGGUGCUGGCGGUGGCGGGGCUGGCGGUGGCGGUGCAGUUGCUGAGGGGAUGGCUCGGCUCCAAGUCCUACGUCUUCAACCGGGAGGAGAUUGCCCGCCUGGCCAAGGAGCACUCAGGGUUGGAUUAUGAAGUCGCUUUCUCCAAGAUCAUCACGGAGCUGAGGAAGAAGCACCCGGGGCGCAUCCUGCCGGACGAGGACCUACAGUGGGUGUUUGUGAACGCGGGGGGCUGGAUGGGCUCCAUGUGCCUGCUCCAUGCCUCCCUCACUGAGUAUGUGCUGCUGUUUGGCACUGCUGUGGAUACGAGUGGCCACUCAGGUCGUUACUGGGCAGAGAUAUCCGACACCAUCCUAUCCGGAACGUUCCGCCAGUGGAAAGAAGGAUCGACAAAAAGUGAGAUAUUUUAUCCAGGAGAUACCAUUGUGCAUGAGGUGGGGGAGGCCACGUCGGUGCAGUGGAGCGCUGGGACGUGGAUGGUGGAAUACGGCCGGGGGUUCAUCCCUUCCACGCUGGGCUUUGCUCUGGCCGAUACCAUAUUCAGCACCCAGGACUUUCUCACCUUGUUCUACACAGUGAAGGUUUAUGGGAAGGCCCUCCUCCUGGAGACCAGCACCCACCUAUCAGAACUGGGCUUCUUCUGAGUGCCGCCAUAUUGAUUCCCGUCUCCCUCCCCCUUUCCUUGGCUGAUUUCUGCUUGAACCAGCAGGAGGCGCUAGCCCGUACUUACUGGCCGUAUGUAAUUCCCUAUAAUCAGUGCUAAUUGGGGGAAUUUUUGGUUCAAGCCUCUCUUCAGUAUUUGCCCCCAACCCCCCCCCCACCCAUAGCAGGGUGCCAGAUUUAUGGUUUAUGCCUAACGCCGGGCUUCCAGGGUCUGAGAGCCAAUCGGCAUCCUCUGUAAGUGUCACCUGACCUAGGCUCCAGAGCCACUGCCUUAACUAUGACCAUGUUGUGUGGAUGAGCCCCAUGAAAGUGUCGGCGCUGUUGGGCAGUCGGGCGGCUGGCACUUGGGGCUCAGGGGGUAAAUAAAGCAUUUGCCCAUAUUGGGAGAUGA